AUGCGCAUGCGCGUUUAAAUAGUUCGCGCUAUAUGGGCGUAAGUUUGAGAUACGAUAGUCUGUAUUCGUUGUCGCACCUUCAAUAAAUCCACAACAUCCCUCUCUUAUUCCGAAUAAAGAUAUUCCAAUUAACAAGAGAGCCAUGGCAGAUGAAGUCAAGGGAGAAGACGCAUUUUUAGAAGGUUAUUCAAUUUAAUUGUAUGAAUAUUUGUUGAGUUCCUUCAUUCGUUUCAGAAAUUGGACCCAUCCCCUAUAAGCCAGACGCUAAACCAAACGAGACUAUGGUCUUUAAACAUUACAAUCCCGACGAGUUAGUUCACGGGAAGCGAAUGGAGGAUUGGCUUAGAUUCAGCGUCUGCUACUGGCAUACUUUCCGUGGCGUUGGAGCCGACCCAUUUGGACAACCGACCAUAAAUAGAUCUUGGGAAGACGGAACAAACUCGGUUGAGAAUGCUAAACAACGAUUGAGGAUUGCUUUUAGAUUUAUGAACCUUUUAGGCAUAAAAUUCUGGACAUUUCACGAUCGUGAUAUCGCACCGGAAGGUGCAACUUUGGAAGAGACUAAUCGUAAUUUAGACGAACUCACCGACUUGGCUCUAAACUUGCAGAAAGAAUAUGGUAUAAAGCUUCUAUGGGCCACCUGCAAUCUAUUUUCAGCUGCAAAGUUUGCGAAUGGAGCUGCAAGUAAUCCAGAUGCUCAUGUUGUAGCAUAUGCUGGGGCACAGGUAAAAAAGGGAUUGGAAAUUGCCAAGAAGCUGGGCGCUGAGAACUUUGUUUUCUGGGGCGGAAGAGAGGGUUAUCAUAGUAUCUUAAACACUCAAAUAUCGACUGAACUGAGGAAUAUGGCCAACUUUUUUAAAAUGGUUGUCGCAUAUAAAGAGAAAAUAGGCUUUACGGGACAGCUUCUUAUCGAACCAAAACCUAAAGAACCAUCGAAACACCAAUACGAUUAUGAUGCCAUGACUGUCAUUGGAUUUUUGAAAACUUAUGAACUUGACAAACAUUUCAAGCUGAAUAUUGAACCUAAUCAUACAACUUUAGCUGGACACGGUUACGAGCAUGACGUUGUUUUGGCAUCAGAGUUCGAUAUGUUGGGCUCGAUCGACGCUAACACAGGUUCUCCAGAUCUUGGCUGGGAUACUGAUCAAUUCCCCAUGGACGUUAAAAGCUGUACUUUGAUUAUGCUGGCUGUUAUUAAGAAAGGUGGACUCAAUCCGGGCGGUUUAAAUUUUGACGCCAAAGUUCGAAGAGAAUCGACUACUGUUCGAGAUAUGUUUAUCGCUCAUAUCGGAGCAAUGGAUACGAUGGCAAGAGGAUUAAAGGGAGCUAUUAAAAUUAUCCAAGAUGGCUAUUUCGAAGAUUGUUUAAAGAAACGAUAUUCGUCCUUCUCCUCCGGAAUUGGAGCAAAAAUAUCUGGCGGAACUGCAUCUUUGGAAGAAUUGGAGGUAAAAUUGAUUAAUUAUCAUUUUCUGUCCUUAUUAAAAAAUAAUAAUAAUAAAAGAAAAGAAAAGAACAACAAUAAAUAAAUAAUUGUUUCCUCUCCCCCUCUAUUUUAACUAACAGGACUAUAUUAAAAAGAACGGAGAGCCAACUUUACAGACUGGUCAACAGGAGCACUACGAAUCGAUGCUGAACGCAUACAUUUAAACAAUAAACGAAAAAGAAUGUUCUAAAGAUUACUAAUUUAACAUAAAUGUUGCGUAAUUAUUCUUUUUUUGGAACAUUUUACUUAAAUUUAUGAAAAUAUACAAAAUAAAUAAAAUAUGUAUGGAAAAUUCUAAAAUUUAUUAUAUAUCUUAUAUAUAGAGUUAUAAUAAUUAUUUUGCGUUAACCCAAGAUUGUACUUUUGAUGAUAAUAAAUUAAUUUUGACGUGGUACUAAUUAAUUGUAAACCUAUUGAGAAUAAUUAGUUCCUUCUAAUUAAAUCUCUUGAUUAUUUAUCUUUUUAUGGUAAAUAGCCUUGACUUAAUACUAUUUAAUAAGAAAUUUU